UUUACAAACUACAAAUUAUCCCUAAAAUCAUUCACUCAUAGUCGCUGACGAUAGAUUCACCGAUCGCCUACCUCUUUCACGCUGCCCUUCCCUUCUCUGAUCAAACCUUGCUUCCCUUCUCUGAUCACACCUUGCUUGCUUGCAAUUGGCUCUGCCAGGGCUCCCUGCGCCGCCUGUACGUAGUCAAUAGGAUCGGGUUCGAGUUUUGAUUCGUUUCUGAUCUUAAAAGAAAAGAGAGGAGGAAAGAAACGUCGUCGUUUUUAAACGUCAAAGUCAUCAAUUUCACGAGCCCCUCGUCGCUUACUACUACUGUAUGCGAUGGAUCGUGGUCUGAAGAUCCCUGCAGGGGAGCGUACGAAGACCGCCAACGCCCUCUUGAAUUCCCUCAUCAAACAGCUGGAAAAGGACAAGAAAUCGCUAAAUCUUGGGCCUGAAGACAGUUUGCAUUUGGAAGUGUUUGCCUUGAAUGUCUUUGCAAAGGCUGAUAAACAAGAUCGUGCUGGGCGAGCUGACUUGAAUACUGCAAAAACGUUUUAUGCUGCAAGCAUCUUCUUUGAGAUUCUCAACCAAUUUGGUCCCCUUCAGCCUGAUCUUGAGCAGAAACAGAAGUAUGCAGCUUGGAAAGCAGCAGAUAUAAGAAAGGCUUUGAAGGAAGGAAGGAAGCCCGUCCCUGGGCCUCCUGCUGGUGAAGAUGAUCUAACUGUGCCAUCGAGUACGCCUGGUGGAUCUUAUGACCUUGGUGUGAAUCCUGCACCGGAGCCUGACCUAUCACCUCAGCCUCAUGAAAGAAUAGAGCGUCAACAUUCUGCCAACAUUUCGGGAUCUCCACCACCUCACCCUACUUCCAGUUAUCCUUCUAAUGACUUUCAUGCUCAUCAUCCUCCUCCAAACACAAAACCAGGAUCUCCUCCGCUCCACUCUUCUUCCAGUUAUCCUUCCCACGACCUUCAUGCUCCUCAUCCUCCAAACACACAGCCAGAAAGUUCUACCUAUUCUUCGUACUAUCAAGAAACCUCUCAACAACACAUUCCCCAGAAUUACCCUUCAGAACAGCAACAUCAGUCCACAGGUUACUCCUCGGAACAUUUCUCUCAGAUCCCACAAAUCCCACAUAAUUAUUCCUCAGACCAUUAUAAUUAUCUGCCGCAAUCACAGCAGCACAUACCAAACAAUUACCCAUCUCAGGACAACCCUCCUUACUCGUACCCGAACUUCCAAUCUUACCCAAGCUUUACGGAGAGCAACCUGCCAUCAGUACCGACCCACGAUCCUUCCUACUAUCAAGGUCCUGAGACUUCUCAUAUUCCUUCAAACAAAAGCUUUCCCUCGGUUCCUCAGUAUGGUUCUUCCUCCUCUAGCAGCAGAGCAAAUGGGAGUGUCUCAUCCGAAUCUGUCCUGGCUCCUACUCCAGCCCACACAUACCAAUACGACAGCAAUUACCAGCCACCGCCUGAGAAAAUUGCCGAGGCCCAUAAGGCUGCGAGAUUCGCUGUUGGGGCGUUAGCUUUUGAUGAUGUCUCUGUUGCAGUGGACUUCCUGAGGAAGUCGCUUGAGCUUCUUACAAAACCAUCAGCGGGUCAGUAGUAGUGUUCUCAAGUUUUAUGGACCUGGUGAUGAUGGUGGUGCUAUUCUGAUUUGGACGCUGAGAAGGGAUGAGCAUGCUUCAUGAUUUAUCUCCUGUACUUGCUUUAUUUGUAAAGGAUUUGGCCACUUUUCUUGUAGAUAUUGGGAUUUCUGUUGUGAGCCUUUCAAAGCGCUGGUCUCAUGGUCCUGACCAUCUCGAUGCUAUGAAUUUUGGAGUAACAAGAUAAUUUUGGUACAA